GGCAGCUCGCGGCAAGCUCUUUCCUACUCUUGCACUGGCAGUUCGACUCUGGAAUUAUGAGCAGAGCUGGUCAGACCUGUACCUUGUUUUGAAUUUUAUUCCCAAAUAUUUGUGACCAUGGAGAUUGGCAUUCGCAUCCUCGUUGCGUUCCUCUUCUCACAGAUCGACAGGGAUUAAAUAUAUGGACACAGCAACAACACACUACAUGAGAGAAGAGAAAAAGGUUGUUCAGAUUGGAGCCCAGGAGGAGGGGGAGAGCGGAUGCGUGCCUGGCUUCCAGGUGAAGGAGUACCAGGUGGAGUAUAGCGGAGGUUUCCAGAAGGACCGUCCUCUCACACAAGUGUUCUUUGAUGACUGUGCGGGGAACGAUGGUGUGGUGUUCGAGGUGUCCCACCCAGACUUCCAGGUGGACGAGGAGAUGAACCUGGUGGCCAGGCGAGAUGUGAUGGACGGUGGCACGGUUCUGUUCAUCCAUGGGGUCAACAAGCAGGCUGAUGACCUGGCUCAGGUGGACAUUGUUAGAGCUCCACCCAGGUCCCUUCAAAAACUCAGAGGGAGAAUUGGCCUUGGACAGAUGCAGCCCUACCGAUCAAAGAGAGCCCUGUUUGCCCCUCGCAUGCACGUCAGUGAGAACAUGGAGCCUCCCUUCCCUAAAGUCAUCGGCACGCUUAUUGUGAUGUCUCAAGGCAUGGAGGCCAACCACAUCUUCCACAUGACUGGGGUGGGUGCCGACCAGGACCCCAAGGGGGUGUUCACCAUCGACAGGAGGACUGGAGAAGUGUCCGUCAGCCAAGAACUGGACAGAGAGGCCAUCAGCUCAUACUCACUGGAGGUGUCCGUGACAGACAUAAACGGGAGGCUGAUUGAGGGUCCUGUACGCCUGCAGGUUGAUGUCAAUGACCAGAAUGACAACAGACCCAUCUUCAAGGAGACCCGCUAUGCUGGAGAGGUGUUGGAGGGCUCACCUACAGGGUCCUUGGUGAUGACGAUGACAGCGGAGGACGCUGACGACCCCAGGUUGCAAAAUGCAGUGCUGCGCUACAACAUAGUGAGGCAGUCGCCCGACAAACCCUCGCCCAACAUGUUCUACAUCAACCCAGAGAGCGGGAACAUUGUCACCGUCAUCUCUCCCACACUGCUGGACAGAGAGACACUGCCCACCACACAGUACGAGCUGGAGAUUGUAGCUCAGGACAUGAAGGGACGAGAUGUGGGACUGACAGGAACAGCCACGGCAACCAUCACCAUCACAGACAAGAACGACCACGCCCCAGAGUUCACCCACUCUUUGUUCUCGGCAAGCGUGGACGAGGGCUCCACGGGCGUGGUGGUCAACCUGACGGUGGAUGACAGGGAUGACCCUGCGACGGGAGCCUGGAGAGCCAUCUACUCCAUCAUCAAUGGUGACCCCACCCAGAGCUUUGAGAUCCACACUAACCCGGACAACAACGAGGGCAUGCUUUCCCUCAUCAAGCCUCUAGACUAUGAAAGCUUAGUGUUCCACACGCUGCUGAUUAAGGUGGAGAACGAGGACCGACUGGUGCCAGACGUGGGCUAUGGCUCCAGCUCUACGGCCACGGUGCACAUCACUGUCCAGGACGUCAACGAGGGGCCCGUCUUCUUCCCUGACCCGCUUCAGGUGACCAAAAUGGAGAACGUCCCGUUGGGCAGCUUCGUGGCUUCGCUCAACGCUACUGACCCAGAUGUCCUCCAAUCACAGAGCAUCAGGUUUGCGGUCCUGAGAGAUCCAGCUAAUUGGCUCAGUGUGAACCCAGUCAGAGGCACGGUCAACACAUCAGCCAAUCUGGACCGCGAGUCAGUUUAUGUUCACGACAACAAAUACACCGCCAUCUUCAUGGCCACAGAUAAUGGUAGCCCACCAGCCACAGGUACAGGGACCCUGGUCAUCCAUCUGGAGGACUACAAUGACAAUGCUCCCUAUGUGCACCCGUCGGUAGUACGUGUGUGUGAAGAUGCCAAGGACAGUGUUGUAAUAGUGGGGGGUCGGGACAGGGACGUCCACCCCAACGCUGGGCCCUUCAAGAUUGAACUGGGAAAACAGCCUGGCCUGGAGAAGACAUGGAAGGUCUUCAGGGUGAACAACACGCAUGCCCAGAUCAUGCUCCUACAGAGUAUGAAGAGGGCCAACUACCAGCUUCCCCUGGUCGUGACCGACUCCGGCAUGCCUCCGCUCUCCAACAGCACAGAGAUCAAGGUCCAGGUGUGCACCUGUAAGAAGAACAGAAUGGACUGCAAUGGUGCUAGCUCUCUAUGCUCCAACCUGAUGAUGCUGCUGGCUGUAGCACUACUGUCUCUACUUGGACUGUAAAUUGUGCGGUAAUCUACUGUACUCUUCUCGCAACACUGAAGAGAAACAACGUAUCUCCCCAAUGCGACCAAGCCUAAGGAGAGAAGACCUCUCAACAUGAAAACAACACCUAGCAAACAAUCACAAACAGAACAGUCCUAUGUUAUAACCCCGCUCCCAACUCCUCACCAGGUUUUAGUUACCUCUCCUCUACCCCCCUCCUCUCUUGUUCCAUUAAUGCCCCCAGCUCCAUUCCUCACCUGAACAGUUGUCCGGCCACACCCUUGGUCUUCUCCCUUGCCCUCCCCCCCACUUCCCUCCAUUUCUGUGGACUAUUUUGUCACAGACACCACCGCCUGAAUGGAAUCUGGCUGGGCAAGGAAACACUGCAUAGUCUGAGGUACUGGAUACUGGAUAGGAAGAAGUGUAGAGUUUUUGAUGUAUUACUUUAUUUCUCGUCACCGACGAGUGUAUUUGAUCUUGUUUCCUACUGUAAUGAGAGAAAAAAGCCUGUUUUUGUCUGCAGUGGUCGUGAUCUCUUAGGGCAAGGUGGUAGCCAUAAGCCUUCUCAACUCAGAAGUUUCUGGAGUCGUUUUUGAUUCGUUUUGUUUCUAUUGCAUUAGAUGUCAUGGAGUGAUAAAAACAUAUCUUUAUAGUAACGGUGUGAAACUUUAAAAAAAAAAAAGUACACUAUAUAUAUAUUUUAUUUUUUACCAUUGUACAAAUAUAUUAAUUAACUUAUGUACUUGGACUGCAGGCUCUUCAAUUACCCCCACAAAAAUGAGAACACUUUUUGUGGAAUUUAGGCACUAUUUCUAAUGCUAUUGAUGUGUUUCCUAUUUUUUAUGUAAAAUCUCCAGUUUUUUGAAAAUCUGUGAUUAGUUUUAAUCUGGAGUCACAAAUUGCUUUGCAGAUUGGCAAUGUCUGCCUUGUGUUUCAUGAAUCUGUUUGUCUGCCACUACAACCGCCUCCCCUCCGAGUCACACAGUGAUAAAGUAAGGCUACUGAAUUGGGGGUUAGUUUUUUGUUGCGCUCAUAAAAAAUAUAGUGAGUGUGGGUUUGUGUGGAAGACCCCAUGAGUCACGAUAAAGCAAAGAAAAAAUGACAUUUUGAAUGAGUUAUGUCUGUCUUUUGCACUAAUUUAAUAAAGCUGUUAUUGUAAUUCCCAUCA